AUGUUGGAGCUUCAUGUUUGGGGUUCAGCCUUUGGCUUGCCGUCAAUCGAUCCCGAAUGUCUUGCCGUUAUCACAUACCUGCAUAGCUCUAAUCCCGCAUCCGCUUGGCGCUUGAUUCCUAGCAACGACCCUUCUGUCAGCCCGUCCAAUACGCUUCCCGCGCUUCAUCAUGAGGGCGUCUGGAUAUCGGGCUUUGCACCCAUCAUUCAGUACUUGACCGACAAGUCACUUGGUGACAACUUGGACGCCGAACUGACGUCCCUGGAUCAUGCUGAUCGUGUUGCAUACGCCGCCUUCUUGUCUGCUCAUGCUGCUCCUCUGCUGGAUCUCUCACUCUAUGUCUCAGCCGCCAACUGGUCAGCUACCACCAGACCCGCCUUCAGCACUCUAUUACCAUUCCCAUUGACAUGGACAGUUCCACCACUGAUCCGUGCUGAGGCCGUCAAGCGUGUUGAGCAUCUAGGCUUUGCUGAUAUGGAUACCGAUUUUGACCCCAAUGGAGGCCUUCACCUAUCAUCAGGAAGGGAUGCUUUGCCAGAAACCUUCCGGAGGCAUAUCCCUGCUCGGACAAAGAAGACCAUCCACGAGGAGAUGACCCCUGAACAAGCUGUUCUCAUCCGACUUUACGGGAUCACAGAAGACUGCCUCUCUGUGGUGGAUGACUUCCUCAAGUAUGGCUCCGAGGAAGAGGCAUAUGGAUUCUUCGAGGGCACCGAACUCUCAUCUUUGGACUGCCUGGCCUUUGGCUAUCUUGCCCUGAUGCGCGAUGCUCCUGUACCAAGAUCUUUCUUGAAAGACUGGCUCAUGAAGAAGACUCCACGUCUGUAUAAGUUUGUUGAUCAUAUCAAGUUAAGGCACCUGCAAAAGUCUGGCCCCUUGCCCUGGGUCGAAUCAAGCCAAAAUACGGUGCUUCGUAUUGGCGCCCGGACUCUUGACAGCAUCCUCCAUAAUGUUCCUGGCCUCGGUGAAGAGUAUGCGACUGAGGUACGAAAGCGUGCUGAAGGAGGCAUCACCGGCAUUGACAGCAGGUCCCUCAUGCUGGCUUUGAGUCUCCUCGCCACAGGCGCCGCUCUCGGAUAUAGUUACCACACAUACAAGGCGAUGCAGCCUUUUGGAUCUAGGAUACAAGUGUGGCAAUCAUUCCAGAACAGAUCGAGGUUGAGUGAGUUUGGAGCUCUUGGUAGCAUGUUGGGCAGUGUGUUAGGGGGACCGUCGGGAGCACCUCAACCUUCUCACUCGUCGAACCAGGCUCGUUUUAUCGAGACCGACACAGAGGUUGACUAG